UGUCUAGUACACCUUUAUCUUUCCUAGUUUGUGGCAAAACCUAUGGAGGAAUCCAUGUGGAUCCGGAAAUAACAUUUCAUUUUUAUGCUCGGAUUACCCCCGUGUUUUUGUUCUGUGGUGCAUCUCGUAUGUUGUCAAAGGGAUGUCACUGGUACCUUUGUGUAGUUUCGUCAAGCGAUGGGUUGUAUGAGCACCAAGUUGGUGCCCGAAACCCCACCAAACCCACACCUGGUUGAAACAGUUUUUAGACAGGACGCGAACACUAGGAAUAAUCGACACUAUGCUGACAACCAGGCUCAAACGCACCUUCGAUUGCGAGACACCGCUGUUCGUCAAUCGACUCAGGUCAACAACGAAAUCAACCAGGAGCACGGCCAGAGAACGAAUAAAAAGGUGAAAAAAUACAGGGAUAAAUUCGAUUCCAAAGUGACUGCUAAGUACGAUAUCAAAGCUCUAAUAGGGAGAGGGAGUUUUAGUCGAGUAGUAAGGGCAGAGCACAGGAUAACAAAGCAGCCGUACGCUAUCAAAAUGAUUGAUAGAGUGCAAGGGAAAGAGGUGUUCGAAGCUGAACUGAACGUUUUACGGAGAGUGAAACAUGUGUAUAUUAUUCAGUUAGUUGAAGUUUUUGAAUUCGAGGCAUCAGAAAAGGUGUAUAUGGUCAUGGAACUAGCCACGGGGGGCGAGCUUUUCGACCGAAUAAUUGCUAAAGGUAGCUUCACAGAGCGUGAUGCUACCAGGGUACUGACCAUGGUCCUAGAUGGUGUGAAAUACUUACAUGGUCUAGGAAUAACACACAGGGAUCUCAAACCAGAAAACUUGCUGUACUAUCAUCCAGGUCAUGAUUCCAAAAUCAUGAUUACAGACUUUGGGCUCAGUGCCAUGGUUAAGGGUCCAGACAACCUUAUGAGGACCACCUGUGGCACACCAGAGUAUAUUGCACCAGAGAUUUUGGCACGGAAACCAUAUACUAGCCAGGUUGACCUAUGGGCAAUAGGUGUGAUUACUUACAUUCUACUCAGCGGAACAAUGCCGUUUGAUGAUGAAAACAGAACAAGAUUGUACAGAAUGAUAAUUAAGGCAAAAUACAGUUAUGCUGGCGAGCACUGGAAAGAUGUGUCAGCCCUGGCCAAAGAUUUCAUUGAUAAAACUCUGGUGCUAGACCCUAAUGAACGUAUGACAGCAAGUCAAGCGUGCAUACAUCCCUGGUUACGACAGAAUGCUCAUGUUGCCUCCAGCAAAAACUUACAUCGAACCAUAUCUCAGAAUCUCCUUCGGCGUCAGUCCCAAAGAGCGAACAGCACAAAAUCUGCCAAGUCCACAAAAUCUACCAAGAGCAACAAAUCAAACAAAUCAGGACACUCGCUUCGCUCGGACAGACGGCGGGUCCAGCCAGAGGAGAUUGAUGAGUUACAUAAAGACCCUGAAGUCCAAGCUGACCUUGCGUCACUUGGCAGCCAUCAUAGUAACAGUGCAUAGCCAAUACAAAAGUGAACAGGAAGAACACAAAAUGUCUCAUCCAGCCCUUCGUCUGAAUAGAAAACAACAACACAUUUUUCAGUUCCACAUGUGAAUGGCAUUCGUUUUGUUUUCAGUUGUAAGUAUAUGAAAAAUGUCUGUUUGAUAUGGUGCUCUGAUUAUAGUGCAAGUGAUACAGGGUAAACAUUUUGUUAUGAAAGUGCUUGACAUAUUAUUACACUUGGAAAUGAUCUAACUGAAGUGGAUAGUCAGCAAUAGAAGAAUAAAAAGUAGUACAAUGUUCAUUGUCUUUGGACUUCAGGAGAGUGCAUAAAAGAGUUCAACUAUUUCCUGCUAGGAUUUUAUUGACAAUUUUAAAUUUAGAUUAUUUUUGUUUCCUUUUAUUGCUUUUCUUUCAGAAAACUAAUUGAAUGUAUGAAUUUCAAUUUCUUAAAAAAAAAAAAUUUUUUUUGGUCGAAGAUUGUAUUUAAAAAAACAAACUUUGCAAUAUCACAAUCAUCAAAUCAGCUAUUGGUUAUAAGGUUUUAUAUCAAAGGGAGGCUACUAAGCUCAACAAAAGUUUACACUUUACUUAAAGUACUAAUAUGGAAGAGUUACUGUUUUAUAUAUACAUAUUUAUAUAUAUAUAUUUAAUUUAUUGAUAUAGGCUGUGACAAGUCCAAUAAUUUAGUUAGUUUGCUGACUUUUUCUAGCCUCAAAAAUUUCAUUUCUGCUCCUGCGCCACAGUGUAGAUUCUUUUGUCUUAUGGGUUGUAGUAAAGAUGUUAAAUGAAAUUUGGAAUGUCUAAUCUUCUCAUUCCAGAGAGUUUGUUUCACUCCUAACCUAUGUAUAACACCUAAAAAAAUAAAGUGUUUCUGUUAACUUUUAAUAAUUCCUGAAAGCACUCAAAUAUUUUUCUUCUUUUUUUUUUUUCUCUACAUAAAGCUAUAGGAAUUUUUUUUAAAAAUUAUUGUUUUUUUCUGUCUCAACUUAUUGAUAGAAUGUGAAACAUUAUGCACCUUCUAAUAAAAGAAAACUGUUUUCUAUAUUUGAAUGGCAAGCUAACAAAGGUUUCCAUUGUUUGAUGCUAUUUUUGAAUCACUCUUAAAAUGGCAGAACAGAAAGUGGGUGCUGACUGGUAGAAUGGCCUUGUCUAAUUCAAGGGAACAACUUGUUCAGGUGCUACUUGGUCUCAUGUCAAAUUAGAAAUACAAAACUAUGUUAGACAAACCUUUUUUGUUUUUUAAACUUUUUUUUUUGUUUACAAAUGAAGUGAAACUUUUAAUUCUGGGUUUGGCCACAGUAUAUUUUGUUAUUGUAGAUUUUACUUUGGAAAGACAUUCAAUUUUUUUAAAAUGUUGUUCAUGUAUCUGCAAUGAAAAAUAAAUAUGUUGUGAGUGAGUACAGUGGUUGGAAUGUUCAGUAAAAACCCAAUGCAACAAUGUAGUGGGUAGUGUAAAUACAAGAUCUGACAACAUGUAAAUACAUUAACAAUUAGUAUGAAGCCGUUCAACAGAUAUUGCCUAGAUGUAAAUAUUAUUCUUUCAGUGCAAAAAAAAGCCAUCUCUUUUUGUAUUGUUCUAAUUUUUUUUUAACCAACAAUCAAAAACCUUUUUUUUUUUAUAGGAGUUUGUAUUUUAAAUUAGUGAUUGAGGAUGAAAGUAUUGUUUUAAUGUCAGAGAUUAUGUAACAUAAUUUUAGAACAAGAAGUGCGUUUUGUAUUAAGUGCUUAUGUUUAUCUCAGAUAGCUAGUCUGUGAAUGUAUUUUGUUGGUGUGGAACUAUGACUCUUUUUUUUUUACAUGUGGACAAAUAUGACAAGAUUUAUGUGUGAAUGUCUUGACAUGUUUUAAUUGAUGACUGUGACAAUGAUGGCUGUAUGUGAUUGUAACUGAAUUCUCUUCUAACUGUUCUCUUCAGGUACAUUUGAUCUUUAAACAUAAAUAUAUAGCCCUGUUCUAUUGAGGAGUUAUUGUAAUGUUGACAAAACAUUUAUUCUAUUGUUUUAUACACAUAAUCACUUUGAACAAACCAGCAAAGGUUAGAAAAAGAAAAGUUGAUCACAUUGAGCAGGUUGAUCAUGAGUGGCAGUUGUUGGGCUCAUUUCAAGUUUCAGUCAUUAGAGAAGCUGUGAUCAGUCAGAAUAGAAAUGGACCUCAAGGAAUUCUCUGUAAAUUAUUGAAUUUUGUGCAUGAUUAUUUCCAUUAAAUGGAAGGCUGCCCUUUUAAUUCUAUUCUAUACAUAUAGUUAACUGUCACAUUUUCCUUUUGUUGUUGUAUUUAUGAUUCAGAUUGUACACAAAUAUUGUUUAUGUUUGAAAUGCAGUCAGCAAUUGAAAUUUCGGUAGUCAGAUCUUUUUAACCAAACAUUUUAUUUAAAAAACCUUUUUGAUAGCAUUGACUUCCUCAUACAUGAUCUAAUGAACAUUAUGCACCAAGAAAUAAUAAACAUAAAAUACCCAGUUAACUCA